UGUUUUCCUGCUCCAGUGCAACGGUUACUGGUCUAUGUCCUACUGUCCUUGUAGGGGUUUAAUGGUUUCUGCCAGUGUCUUUUCGCCAAUCAAGAAGCCCUUAUAUACCUAUUGAAAAGGGACGAUUAUCAACUUGGACGCCUCACUGCUGUAUCACAAACUUUACUGCAUCAUAAUCCGCCAACUACGCUUGGUUAAAGCUCUCAUCCCGGCUUGUUUCAUUUGCUUUCAAUUCGCGUAGAAUCGCUAUGAUAGCUAAUGCAUUGGAGUUCUGUUCGUUUUCGUUUGUCCUCAUUGACUGUGCAGUUAAGCUGCUAGUGUCUGGUUCUUCGAAAUUGUUGGAUUUAGUUCAUUGAAUAUUGGCUAGUGGACUUAUUUUUAUGGUUAUUACAGCUGCAAAUUUUAGCGUGCAAGGAAGCAUUUACAUGGUAAGGCUCUUACUUUUUUCACCGUCACUUAGUUUGACAACAUAAAGGUCCCAGAAAAUCAUGUGAAUGAGAAAGAACAACAAUUGAUUAUGUGUGUCAUAAGAGAGACUACAAUCCAAUACGAGUUGAAGUCAUAUACACUAAAUAAAAAAAAGUUUAUUUAAUCAAUAUGUCAUAAACGGUUACUUUUAUUGCUGUUGACUUAACCUGAUAGGGUAAAAAUAUCACGCAUGAUAAGUCGGUUAGUCAAAACUUAAAACUCUUGGCACUAAUAGAGAGAAAUUAACAUACCUAAAAAUUCGGUAUUUGGUCCUACAAUUUGCAUAAACAAAGGAUAAUUAACUGAUUCUGCUGUUAUGAUUAGCCAUUUCCCUUCAAAGGUCAAUCAAUAAAAAAAGUUUUCCCUUUAAGCAUUAUAUUCCCAGCUGGAUACGCGCUUUGGACUUUGGUGUUUAUUGGCAGUUAAUCACAUCGUUUUUAAAAUUAAAAAAACAGUUUGAAGAAACAGUUGAUGGAUAAUUAACAGAAUACUAAUUCUGAAAAAAAGAAAAAAAAAGAAGUCCACUCUUUGAAAAAACUACAAGAAGGCACGUUGUGUCCUAACAUGUUAACAACAAAUGUUCACAACAUUCUUCUUUACUACUUACAAACAUAAACGUGCUAUACUGUCUUUCAAGAAUUGCUAUUCCUAUGUCUAUUCAACAAUUUUAGUAUUGUAACAUCCAACAUUUUUCUCUCAUACAACAAAUGAUGAGAGGAAGAAAACACCCUCUUGUCAUUUUUGCGUUUCUUGUACUUGUUUUUGCAAAUGUAGCUACUUCAGCUUCAAAAGGAACAUUUACGCCGUCCGAUAACUAUCUGAUCAAUUGUGGAUCCCCUGAUAGGACUUUGCUUGAUGAUGGAAGGACUUUUAAGUCUGACCCUCAAUCUGCUUCUUACUUGUCUACUGAUCAGACUAUUUUAGCUUCUGUUAACUCUUUACAAGAAAAGGUCACUUCUUUUUCCUCUGCCUCUUUGUUGUAUCACACAGCAAGAAUCUUUGAAAGUGAAUCUAUGUAUAGGUUCCUUGUCUUUAAAGCAGGCAGGCAUUGGGUGCGCUUGUACUUUUAUCCUCUUCCACAUCCAAAUUACAAUCUAACAAGUGCUAUGUUCACUGUCACUUCUGAUAGUGUUGUGUUACUUCAUGAUUUCUCGGUGAAGGAUACAAGUAAAGUUGUGUUCAAAGAAUACCUUAUCAAUGUUACUUCGUCUCAAUUCACCCUCAAGUUUUCACCUUUGAAGAAAUCUUUUGCUUUUAUCAAUGCCAUUGAGUUUGUCUCGGCACCAGAUGAUCUCAUUUCUGAUUCAGCUGCUGCAGUUUCCCCUGUUGGUGAUUUCAGUGGACUGUAUCAAUUUGCGUUUGAAGUAAGUUAUCGGUUAAAUGUUGGAGGGCCAAUUAUCACACCCAGAAAUGACACAUUGUGGAGGACAUGGUUGCCUGAUGUUCAGUACAUGGCGUUUCCAGAAGGAGCUAAGAAUGUGUCUGUUCCUCCAACUACAAUCGUAUAUCCAGAUGGAGGGGCGACACCUUUGAUUGCCCCGGUUUCAGUUUAUGCCACGGCUGAUAUGAUGGCAGAUGCUGGGGUGCCAAACUCGAAUUUCAAGCUAACGUGGGAGAUGGAUGUUGAUUCGAGCUUUUCCUACUUGAUCAGAAUGCAUUUCUGUGACAUUGUGAGCAAUGGCCUAAACGAGUUGUACUUCAAUGUCUAUGUUAAUGAGAUGGUGGGGGUCUCUAGCCUUGACCUUUCAACACUGACUUCAGAGUUGGCCACCCCUUAUUACAAAGACUUUGUGCUCAAUGCCACAGCCAUCACCAAUGGCUCAAUCAUCGUUCAGGUGGGACCAGCGUCAAACGUUCAAUCUGUCCUCCCUAAUGCCAUCCUUAAUGGCUUGGAGGUCAUGAAGAUGAGCAACCUGGCUGGCAGCUUGGAUGGGCUGUUCUCAUCUGGUGGACAUGCAGGUGUAAUGCCAAGAUCACGCGGAAUGAGAAUUGCUGCAGCUUUUGGAUUGGCAAUGGGGGUUACUGCAUUAGUACUGCUUGUGAUGGGCAUUGCUCGUUGGCGAAGGAAGCCAGCAAAGGGUUGGGAGAAGCAGAAGACAUUCUCUUCAUGGCUUCCUCUCAAUGCCAGUUACUGCAGCUUCAUGACAAGCAAGAGCAAGACUAGUUGUUCAACAAUCAUAUCCUCUGGCCUUAACUUUGGCCGCGUCUUUACUUUCAAUGAAAUCAAAAGUGCAACAAAAAACUUUGAUGAAAAAGCAGUCAUUGGUGUUGGAGGAUUCGGAAAAGUGUACCUUGGUGAAUUGGAAGAUGGAAAAAAACUAGCCAUUAAACGAGGAAAUUCAUCGUCCUCACAGGGCAUCAACGAAUUCCAAACAGAAAUUGAGUUGCUAUCCAAGCUUAGGCAUCGGCAUCUGGUUUCACUCAUCGGUUAUUGUGAUGAACAAUCAGAAAUGAUCCUAGUCUACGAGUACAUGUCUAAUGGUCCUUUACGUGACCACAUUUAUGGUUCCACUUUGCCAACCCUGACAUGGAAACAAAGGCUUGAAAUCUGCAUAGGAGCUGCUCGAGGACUGCACUACCUUCAUACUGGUUCAACUCAGGGAAUAAUACACCGCGACAUAAAAACUACAAACAUCCUCCUUGAUGAGGACUUUGUCGCAAAGAUGGCUGAUUUUGGCUUGUCAAAAACUGGUCCUUCACUGGAGCAAACACAUGUUAGCACGGCAGUAAAAGGUAGUUUUGGGUACCUGGAUCCAGAGUACUUCAGAAGACAACAACUAACAGAAAAAUCUGAUGUGUACUCAUUCGGGGUAGUCCUUUUUGAGGUACUAUGCGCAAGGCCUGCACUUGAUCCUGCAUUGCCAAGAGAACAAGUAAAUUUGGCAGAGUGGGCAAUGCAGCAACACAGGAAGGGCUCUCUGGAGAAGAUCAUAGACCCUCAUCUUGCAGGAACCAUAAGCCCUGAGGCAUUAAGGAAGUACGUAGAAGCUGCAGAGAAAUGCUUGGCAGAAUAUGGGGUCGAUAGGCCUACAAUGGGAGAUGUUUUGUGGAACUUAGAAUAUGCCUUGCAGCUUGAAGGUGCAUCCUCACAGAUUAGCGUUCCAGUGAAGAAUGAGGAUGAAAAUUCCAAGCCAAGUUCCUCAGAACAGCCUGGAAUGAAUUCGAAGGGCAAUAAAGAAGCUCAGCUCAUUGACAUCAAUGAUGAUUCUGGAGUGGUGGUUGGUUCUCCUAUUUUUUUAGAAGCUUUUCAAGGAAGAUAACUGAAACAUCUAAGACCCAGGAUGAUCAAACUUUUUAAUUUUUUGAGUUUUCUGCUUUCAUGUUUUGUACUUUAAUUUUCUAGCAAUCUUGGUUAUUUGUGAUUAAUUUCCUGUUUAGUUCAUGAUGACUGGAGGCAUACCAGAAGUUUGUCUGUAUGGAGGGAUCUAAUUGACUUUCCCUUCUAGUGCUUGAAGUAGUAUUUUAUCUAUGUAUAUCUUUACUCAGAUGUUAAUUCUCAAUUAGUAGUGCUGCUUCCGGAUGAACUUCAAAAACCAGAAAAGUGUAAAAUGGCAAAAUAUGUGUUGAAGUUGCUCGUUGUUCACAUUUGACAGGAAAACGAGUUAAUCUAAUUCUUGUUGGGUGUCAUGUGUACAUAUAGUUCCUUUGUUACUGGGGAUUUAAAAUACUGUUCAAAUAAUAAAAACAGACUUUUGGAACAGACUACAAAGAAAAGUAGGACAAGAAUUCUAAUUGAAAGGACUCGCCACAAGAA